CACCUGUUAAUCAUGGUGCGCACUACUCUCUGGAUAUAUGGCAUAAUGAGUCGGCGCAGGGCGGAAGACAGAGGGAAAUGCAGCAGCGAGUCACUCCUGGGCGGGUCCACCCGCCUCCAGCAGUCAGUCCGAGAAACCCGAGAGCGCACCAAAGUAACAAAACACAAACAUGGCGCCUACUUGCUGCAAUACAGACUAGUGUUGAACAGAAACAAAGUUUCCAGGAAUAAACGGCGCGCUCGCACUGAGUGGACGUUUCAUUCUCGCUCGAGACGGAGUGGACAGGCUGAAAGUUGCAACUUGCCUACAUGUCAUCGUGUUUUCCUAUAGUGCUCUGAACGGCUGAUAUGACUGGGAUCGGCGGCUGUGCUUACUGCUGCAACUUUCUAUUCAGUGGAAGCAGAUCUACACCAUGUGCAGAAUUAUUAGGUCUGUCCAGCCAUGAUUGAGGAUAAAGGUCAUCGCGUGACGGACUACUUCGUUGUAGCUGGCCUCACAGACAAGUCCACACCACUAGAGCAGGAUCUAUCUGAAGCCAAGUCCAGUGGGCCCAAGGCACCUAUCACAGACCUAGCCGUCAUCAACAAGUCUGCAGGAGAAACAGUCCCUGAAGGUUUCACAUGCAUUGAGAGCACCUACAGCAGCCAGCCAGCCAAUCUCAACCAUGGCAGCCUCAAGAGCCCAGAACUAUUCUUGUGUUACAAGAGGGGACAUGGAAAGCCCCCACUCAUUGAUGUCGGGGUCCUGUAUGAGGGUAAAGAGCGUCUCAUUCAGGGUUGUGAGGUCAUUGAGGCCACCCCGUUUGGCCGUUGUGCAAACGUCAACAACAGCUCUGCCACAUCUCAACGCAUAUUCAUCACAUACCGCCGAGCACCCCCCGUCCAGCCCCAGAACUCCCUGGCUGUGACUGACAUCUGUGUCAUCAUCACAAACAAGGGCGAGACUCCUCCUCACACUUUCUGCAAGGUGAACAAGAACCUCAACUGUGGCAUGUGGGGAUCAAGUGUGUUUUUGUGCUACAAGAAGUCAGUUUCUGCCUCUAACUCCAUCAACUAUAAGGCUGGUCUGAUCUUUCGCUAUCCUGAGGAGGACUAUGAGUCAUUUCCCCUCUCUGAGUCUGUACCCCUCUUUUGCCUGCCUAUGGGGGCCAAGAUUGAGUGCUGGGCUCCUAACACACGCUACCCUUUACCCAUCUUCUCAACAUUUGUCCUCACCAACUCCAAUGGGGAAAAGGUGUAUGGAGCUGGAAUACAGUUCUAUGAGCCAUAUUCUGUGGACAGCCUCAAUGAGAAACAAAAGAUCCAGCUGGGUCUGGUCUCCACUGUGGACAAAAAGGUCAUACCCAACCGCACAGUCAACACCAACAAGUGCAUCUGCCUACUGUCCCGCUGGCCUUUCUUUGAGUCCUUCAAAAAAUUCCUCAUGUUCCUUUACAAGCUGUCAGCCAAUGGAGUCAACCCUCUGCCCAUUGAGAAACAUAUAUCCCACUUCAUGCACAAUGUCUCCUUCCCUUCUCCUCAGAGGCCAAGAAUACUGGUCCAGCUGUCGGCACAUGACACCUUAAUCCUGUCCCAACCUGUUUGUACACCUUUACCAUUAAGUGGAGCAGACUAUGGGACACUGCUCAUGAAUCUGGGCCCAGAAAACUGUGCCACACUGCUACACUUUGUCCUGCUAGAAAGUAAGAUCCUGUUGCACUCCCUGAGACCAGCUGUACUGACUGGAGUGGCUGAGGCCGUUGUGGCGAUGAUCUUCCCAUUCCAGUGGCAGUGUCCGUAUAUCCCUCUUUGUCCUCUGUCUCUGGCGGGUGUCCUUAACGCACCAUGUCCCUUCAUUGUGGGCGUUGACUCUAGAUACUUUGACCUCUAUGAUCCCCCACCCGACGUGGUCUGUGUGGACUUGGACACCAACACUAUAUACUUGUUUGAUGAAAAAAGACACAGUAACUGGAAGAAUCUCCCAAAGAAGCCCUGCAAGAGUCUUAUCAACUCUCUAGGAAACCUGCACCAGCAGCUUGCCACUGUUCGGCGUGCAGCACUUGAAGGCUUGGCAGUGGAGAUGACCCCUAUCGAGGCAGACUUCACCUGGCAUAAAAAAAAGACAGAGUUGGAGAUGGAGAUCCAAGAGGUGUUCCUGCGUUUUAUGGCCUCCAUACUGAAGGGCUACCGAACCUACCUCAAACCCAUCACACAGGCACCUUCUGAUAAAGCUACUUCUGCAGACUCACUCUAUGACCUGCAAGGAUUCUUGAAGAGUAGAGAUCGUGCUCAUCAAAAGUUCUACUCUCAGCUCACCAAGACUCAGAUCUUCAUCCGCUUCAUCGAGGAAUGUACUUUUGUCAGCGACAAAGACACUGGCCUGGCUUUCUUUGAUGACUGCAUUGGAAAACUUUUUCCUUCCGACAAAGGACCUGACAAGGGUACAAAGGUCGAAGGUGAGUCAUCUGAGGACACCAGGCUAAUGGAACUGGAUGAGUCGCAGAAGAGCGAGCACACAGUCUUCGUCAUGCCUCCUGAACCACCUCCAGACGACGGUCCUGACCCCCCUCCCAAAUACAGGUGCACACACAGGGAUGUCAUAAUUUAAGAGAUUUAUUAACAUCAUAGUUUUAGACCGCACAAUGAAAUUCUUACUUGCCAGUCUCCCUUACACAACAUGUACAUAUAAUACAUAUACAAAGACUAAAUAAACAAAAAUAUACAACAGUGCAGCAGUCAGUGAAGAUAUUGUAUUGUAUAAGUAUUGAAGUAAUUAGUAUUUUUAUGUGUUGUUCAGGAGUCUAAUGACCUGUGGAUAGAAACUGUUUAUGAAUCUUUUUGUCCGUAAUUUCACACUCCUGUACUGUAUCCCAGACGGCAGAAGUGUAGAGGUUGUGUUGUGGAUGUGUAUUGUCCCUGAUGAUCUUGUGGGCCCUCCUGAUGACCCUGGUGCUGUAAAUAUCCUGAAGUGAUGGGAAAGCUACUCCAAAAAAAAAAAACUGUGCAGUUUUUAUCAAACGCUGGAGAGCUUUCCUAUCCUGAAUAGUGCAGCUUCCAUAUCACACUGUGAUUAAGCUGGUAGUCACACUUUCAACUGAGCAACAGUAUAACAGUUGCUGAGGAUUUCAGUUGCUAUGCCAAAUUUCCUCAGCAUUCCUAAGAAGUACAGUCGCUGUUGUGAUUUCUUCUGGAAGUGCUGAGUAUUAUUGAACCAAGAAAGAUCCUCACUGAUGUAGAUUUCAAGGAAUUUAAAGGUUUUCAUCCUCUCCACCUCUGUCUCACGGAUGUAAAUUGGGGUAUGCUGCUCCUUCCUCCUCCUCCUCCUAGUUUCAAUUAUCAUCUCCUUGGUCUAUUGUACAUUUAAGGAGAGAUUAUUUUCCUGACACCAGGCCAUCAGUACUGCUACCUCUCUUCUGUAUGAUGUUUCCUCUCCACCAGUGAUCAGUCCGAUGACUGUUGUAUCAUCCGCAAACUUUAUAAUCCUGGUAUUGGUCUGAGGGGCCAUUGAGUUGUAGGUGAAGAUGGUAAACAGCAGUGGGCUUAAAACACAGUCUUUGGGGAUCCCUGUGCUCACAGUUCGAAUGCCCGAUGUCCGGUUUCCUACUUUGACUGAGGUCCAAAGAAAGUUCAGCACCCAGUUACAAAGGGAGGAUGUCAGUCCGAGGACAAAGAGCUUUUCAAAAACUUCUGUGGUAUAACUGUGUUAAAUGUCGAGGUGUAAUCAAUAAAUAGCAUUCUCACAUACGUAUCCUUACCCUCCAAGUGUCCAAGGGCUGUGUAAAUGGCAGCAUUAACAGCAUCAUCAGUGGACCUAUUCUGUCGAUAUGCAAAUUGAAGUGGGUCCAAAGUGGCUGGGAUGGUCCUUUUUAUGUAGGACAUGACUAUCCUUUCAAAACACUUCAUAACAAUAGGUGCAACAGGACAAUAAACAUUUAGGCAGGUCACAGUAUUUUUCUUUGGGAGGGGCACAGUUGUGGUGGGCUUGAAACAGGUAGGCACCAAAGCCUGAGCGAGGGACAGAUUGUUAAUGUCCAUGAACACAUCAGCCAGCUCCGACGAGCAAACCCUGAGUGCCCGUCUCGGGAUGUUAUCUGGGCCAGCUGCCUUCUCUGGGUUCGUUCUCUCCAUGUCCAUUUUGCCCUCAGAAUCCAGAAAGGCCUCAAAACUAGCUUAGAACUCAUUCAGCUCAUCUGGGGGUGUAGUCUUGUAGUCUGUUGACAGGGACAGUAAUAUCAUGAAUACCAACAUUUCAGUAACAAUUGUCACUGAAAUCCCAUCAGUCACGAUACCAGGUUCAGUACCAUAGCAAAAAUGAAUAUGCCUUGCACACAUUCCUUUUUUAAAAGUUAAAUUAACAAAGUUAAAUAUAAAUUCCAUGUACCUUUUGACUCAUUUUCUACUGAAGAAAACAUUUAACUUGAAGUUUUUCAAGAAAUUAAAUAAACAAUCAGUAAUAAAAUAAAGAACAAGUAAACAAAUGGGAGCAAAAGAACAAUAUAAAAAGUUUUUUCAGGUAUCUAACAGCAGGAUCAGUAUUCAUUUAGAUCUAAUUUGUGUUUGUGCUGUAUUGGUAACGUGGGUCCCGACUGACCAUGACCAUGGGAAAAUGUGGGUCCCAUGGCCAAACCAGUUUCAGCAAAUCUCUAUAGCAAAUCUCAACUUUUUGUCUAUUUAUGUCAUUGCCAUAUGUAAACUCUGAACUGUGGACAAUUAGACAUUAAGGUAUUAUAAACAUUAACAUCAUGGAUUUCUCUGAAGUCUCUUGUUUUUAAAUAAUUUGUAUUGUGAAAUGCGCUAUACAAGUCAAGUCACAUUUAUAUAGUGCUUUAUACAAUACAGAUUGUUUCAAAGUAGCAUAACAGUAAACAGAAAAAUAAGUGUUAAUGUCAGGCAAUAGUGUCAUUAUUCAUCUCAAUUUAGUUCAAUGUUGAACAGUGUCACUGUAACACAGUUUAUCAAUAUUAAACAAAUUUAGUUCAUAUUAAAGUGUUAGUUCACCCAAAAAUGAAAUUAAGUCAUUAAUUACUCGCCCUCAUGUCGUUCCAAACCUACAAGACCUUCAUUCAUCUUUGGAACACAAAUUAAGAUAUUUU